UUGAAAGUGUUCCCCUUUUUUCACAGGCAUAAUGGUGCUGACAGAAAACAUAAGGCUUGACUUACGAAGUCUGAAUUUAUUGAAGCUCCAAGCAAAGGCCUGAAGAGCUGCUGGCUGGAAAAAUGUUGCCCAUCCCUUCCCUCCCCCAAUAAACCUUUACCUAAGCUGCCUUUCAACAUUCUUUCACCCAGAACAUUUCUGAAAAGCAUUCGCUCUGUCUUUCCAAGAUCCCUCUUAACCUUUCCCUUUCUGCUAAGUCUGUUUUGCCCAUUUUGUUUUGCCUCAUUCUCCUUUUUUGUAACCACAAACCACAUUCUCCCCUAACUAUAAGUCAUGAGAAAACAAACAUGCAACGUUCUUCUGGUCUGUGGGGUCAUCAGCUCCAUCACAGUAUUUUAUCUUGGCCUCAGCACGAUAGAAUGUCCAACUGCUCGUUCUCGUGCGGCACAGCAUGGGUGGGCGGUAAAUCUACAAGCUGGCCGAAACCUAAGCGACCCAUUACAACUCCCUGAGGAGUACAAUGAGGAAACCCCUCUCAUUUUCAUUGGCGGAGUCCCUCGUAGCGGCACCACACUGAUGCGGGCUAUGUUGGACGCCCACCCUCUGGUUCGGUGUGGACAAGAGACCCGCGUCAUCCCCCGGCUGUUAGCCAUGCAGGCCACAUGGAGUCACUCCGCACGUGAACGUGUCCGUCUGGACGAGGCUGGCGUCACCGACGAGGUCCUGGAUUCAGCUGUACGUGCCUUCCUGUUGGAGAUCAUAGUGGGGCACGGCGAGCCCGCUCCGAGGCUCUGCAAUAAGGACCCUUUUGCUCUCAAGUCUCUCACCUACCUCUCCAAGCUCUUCCCAAAAGCAAAAUUUAUUCUUAUGCUCCGCGAUGGCAGGGCCACCGUACAUUCUAUGAUUUCCCGCAAGGUGACUAUCACCGGAUUCGACUUAACAAGUUACCGGGACUGUUUGGUGAAGUGGAACCGGGCGGUGGAGGUUAUGUAUGACCAGUGCCUGGCUGCAGCGGAUGGCAACUGUCUGCCUGUGCAUUACGAGCAGCUGGUCCUGCAACCUGAGCGAGUGAUGAGCAAGCUCCUUCAGUUCCUGGAUCUGCCGUGGGACACUGCCGUGCUGCACCACGAACAGCUUAUUGGGAAAGCUGGUGGUGUUUCACUGUCAAAGGUGGAGCUGUCAACGGAUCAAGUAGUCAAGCCAGUGAAUACAGACGCUCUGUCUAAAUGGGUGGGCAAGAUCCCUGCUGAUGUGGUGAAUGAUGUGGCCAGCCUUGCCCCGAUGUUAAGUCGCUUAGGUUAUGACCCUCUAGCCAACCCGCCAAACUACAACAAGCUUGAUCUCUUAUUUCUGAACAACACAAAAAUAGUGAGGUUAAUCCAAAACUGAAAGGUCCUCUCAACUUGUGAAUAUUUUGAAGCAAUAAACAAUGCAUUUUAUGAGCACGUAAAGCCUUUACUUGAAUUAACAACUUGUAGUAUUUACAAAACUGAGCCACUUUAAUCAGCAGUUUUGUAGGAAAGAAAUACAGCUUAUUGUUACAGACCAUUGUUGCUUGUGGCAAAAGUUUCAUACAGUGAUAUAAGGCAUUCUAAAACCUAGUUUUAAUGUUGUAUAAUAAAGUAAUUUUUUUCAGUUAAAUUUGAUUUAAAUGUUUUGUUAUUUGUAUGCUUUGGUGUUGCUAAUGAUUUCAGUCUACUGUGUAUGUGUUAAUGCAUGCAUGUUGUGGUAAAUGUGUCAUAAUGAGUGAUUAUUACACAGGAAACUAUGUUUGUUGAAAGAGGAAGUCAACUGUUGCACAAAAUUACUUUUUUAGUUUGUUCUCAUUGACUGCAAGAGUAUGAAUGAAGUUUGGAGAUGUUUUAUAAUAGUUAAAGACUAUAUAGGCCUUUUAUUGCGAAUUUAUCAAUUCAUUGUAUAUUUGACAAAUGUGGUCCAAAUAUGACGGACUUUGGACAUGGUCUCUGCUGUGGAUGAACUCUGUCCUCAACAUUCCUUCACAGUGAAAGUCCAGUAACUUUGGACCAGUCUCUCACUUGCAUGAGAUUUCAAAGCUUGUAUAUGUAACAUAUUUUUUGUUACAGAAGAACCGUAUAUUUAUUAAAUGUUGGUUAUUUCUAAAGAAACCCUGUGUGUGCAUA